CAACAAGUGGCCUCACCACUCUAAUCGAUUCUUUGUUUCCGUAGAAGCAUCGUGGUCGUAAUUUCUGUCGGUAGGAUGAAGUUUCAACCCGAAAAUCUCUAGAAAAGAAAGACAGAGUGCAGAGGUUAAUUAUUUAUCAUGCUUCCACGUUUAUUAAAUGGAUGAACCUGGGUCAGAAAAAGCACUAUCUGAGAGGAUCACAGAUUGGGAGGCAGCAUUCCAUCAGUACGAAAAUGUGAUUGCAUUAGAGGAUGAGGCUUUGAAAGUACAAGCCACAAUUAAACUUGCUCUUCUGGCCAAUCUUGCACCUGAGAAUAUAUUAUCACGCACCGUGCCCAUCCUAGUGCAGCUUCUUGGAAAUCCAGCUAGUAAUUUAAGUCCAUCAGCUCAGGAAGCCUCUGCUUACUGCUUAAAAUGCAUUGCUUGCGAAGGGGAGGGCAGAUUGGCUGCAGUUAUUGGACAAUCUGAUGCCAUUCCUUCCCUCUUGAGCUUAUUACCGGACUCUGAAGGUAGCUUACGAAGAGUUCUAUUAAAAUGCCUGAGAAAUAUUGUUACAUUUGGCGAUCCUAAUUGCACGAUUGUAGUUAGAAAUGGUGGGCUAGAAAUUGUCCUCAAUAUGUUAAAUUCCUGCCCUGAUAGUUUGAGGCGGUUCUUGUUGGAAAUUCUGAGUGCAUUGGCUCUGUUGAGAGAGGUUAGGAGGGUCAUUGUCAGUUUAGGGGGGGUUCGUUUUCUUGUUGAAUCUGCUAGAUGUGGCAGCAUGAUCUCCAGAACUAGAGCUGCUCAGGCAAUUGGGUUGCUUGGUUUGGUUAGAAGAGCAAGGCGUAUGCUUGUUGAUUCAGGUGCAGUACAGGCCCUCAUGGCAUUACUUCGGGAUGGAGAUACCUCAACAAAACUGGUUGCUGGUAAUGCUCUAGGUGUAAUUUCAUCUCAUGUUGAUUACAUUAGACCAGUUGCUGAAGCUGGAUCCAUUCCUUUGUAUGCUGAGCUUCUGCAGGGAUCUGAACCCAUGGGUAAGGAAAUUGCAGAGGAUGUGUUUUGCAUUUUAGCUGUUGUUGAAGAGAAUGCAAUUAUAAUUGCUGAACACUUGGUUAGAAUUCUUAGAGGAGAGAAUGAUGAAGCCAAAGCUGCAGCUGCUGAUGUUCUGUGGGAUCUCUCUGGUUACAAGCACUUAUCAAAUGUAAUCCGAAACUCUGGUGCAAUUCCAAUUCUGGUUGAGCUGUUGAGACAUGAGAAUGUUGAUGUUAGGGAGAAGGUUUCCGGGGCUGUUGCCCAGUUGAGUUACAAUGAGGCAGAUCGAGUAGCCCUUGCUGAUGCAGGGUCUAUUCCGAAUCUCAUUGAUAUGUUGGAAGACGAGUCAGAGGAACUGAGAGAUAAUGCUGCAGAAGCCCUUGUUAAUUUUUCAGAAGACCCUUCAAUGCGUGAGACGAUAUCUGGUGCAUUAGAUAUUCCAUCUUUCCAAAAUAUGCAGGAUAGAUUGAUCCAGAUUCACGCUUCUGAUGCGCAUCUGGCUAUGUCUUUGAGACAUAUGACCAUUGAGGAGCUCACUUGGGGACCUGCUCUUGCCUGAUUUUGUCGCCAGUCGGUUUUCCCCACCUUGUAAAUUCUCUUAUGUGCUCAAAUAUUUUCACUACUACUAAAUGACAGAAAUUGUCGAAUAGUACUAUUCGUUUCUUUUGAAGUUUUUACAGUUUUGAUUGAUUGGAGACAAGUUUUUUGUAAUUUUAAGAAAAAAAUUGUGACUAGCUAGGGGCUCUUCAUUGUGGCUGAAGGGCUUUUGCUAUGGUAGGCGACGCUAGCAAUCCCGUUGUUUGAUCUUAAAGUUUAAUAAUAA